ACAUGAUUUCAGACCAAAAUAUCUCCCAUCUUCGGUUCUUCCUCUCAUUACUCUCUCUCCACCGAAACAGAAGUUGCAGACUUUAUCCGAAUUUAGGGUUUCUAUUCCUUCUUUCUUCUCCGAUAAUCAGAUCCUCGAAACCCCACUUUUCGAAUCAGGUCUCAGCUUCUCUGUCGUUUGCCCAUCAGAUCAACAAAGUUUCAUGUCUGAACUUGAUUCCCAGGUCCCUACUGCCUUCGACCCGUUUGCUGAUGCGAAUGCUGAGGACUCAGGUGCGGGAACAAAGGAGUACGUUCACAUCCGAGUCCAGCAGCGCAAUGGUAGGAAAAGCUUGACAACGGUCCAGGGGUUGAAGAAAGAGUACAGCUACAGCAAGAUACUAAAGGACCUCAAGAAAGAAUUUUGCUGCAACGGAACGGUGGUUCAAGACUCUGAACUAGGACAGGUUAUUCAGCUUCAAGGUGACCAGAGGAAGAACGUCUCCACGUUCCUAGUCCAGGCUGGCCUUGUGAAGAAGGAUAACAUCAAGAUCCAUGGUUUCUGAGCCGCUUCUGUUAAAAUUUCCCUAGGCUGUUUGCUUUUCUGCUCUAGUGGAUUAUUACUGUCAUCUUCCAGUUCCAAAACAUUUCUUCCCCUUCGUGUUUGAUCUCUUGUUACUGGUUUUAUUUUCGGAUUUGCUUUGGUAUGAUACUAAGAUACUAUCUUGUUCCUCUUAAUGCUUUUGUAAUAUGAGAUUUGUUAAGAUUCUCCAUUAACUUGGUCGCUUCUCUGAAUAUUUUUCUU